ACCACAAAUUGGAGUCAGAGAGUUCCGGAGUAUUUGUGUGAUAUUUGGGAUUUUCCGAGUCCACUUUUUUCUAAUUUACAGUGAAUAUAGUGAGAAUCCACUCGAAAAUUUACUUGAAUUUCGUGCACAGGCACCCUUUGAUUGUGUUGUCCAAGUUUUCCGUGCUAUAGUAAACUUGUGAAAGUUAAAAAAACGCAAAAUAUGUCAGAGCAUAGAAUGUCGGAAAAAUGCUGCUGUCUCCGUGGAGGCUUUUUCCACUAAUUUGGCAACAGUGAGAGAUAGUGAGGGUUUUUCUCCAUCUAUUGAUUACUAUACUUGUGAGAUUUAUCAGUUGGAAUCAUUUCUGUGAUUGCCUCUAUCACAAAUAUUUCUCUGCUGGGUUGACGAUUCACCCUAACCUCACUUUAUCACACAGCGAGAGACUCUCUCGAAGAGGCCGACUCCCUCUCAGUGUGAAGCCCGAAAAUGUCGUAUCCGGGAAGGCCACCCAUUGUCCCCGGUAUGUCUUACAUGCCACCACCAUUGAUUCCGCCGCUUCUUCCGGCUGGGAUGCCACCCAUGUCGACACCUCCGCCCACCAGUAGGCCCUAUCGUGGUGGCAAUUCCACCACCAUCAACUCACGUCCACAGAUGUACCAGCAACCUCCUUCUCUCGAGGGUCCCGUGAUCACGGUAUUUAUCGGAAAUAUCAGUGAACGCGCCCCAGAGGCAAUGAUCAAAAAGAUUCUAGCCACUUGCGGUACAGUGAUAAACUGGAAGAGAGUCUCAACAUUUGGAUUCUGCGAAUAUGAUGGCCCAGUGGCUGGAUCUCGAGCUGUUCGCCUUCUACAUGGAUUCGAGGUGGAUGGGAAACGUUUAGUUGCAAAAGUAGAUGCGAAAAACAAACAACUCCUGGACACAUACAAAGAGGAGGAGAGUCGAAAUAAAUCUCGCGAUGGAGAUGUUGAGCAGAAAAAUGAUGAAACGAUUUUAGGAAGGAUUUCGGGAAUCCUCGUGGAGCAUAAGGAGGAAAUCCAGAAUUUUGUGGCUCCAGACGCUAAAGAAGUAUCCAGUUCGAGGCACAACAAGGUGCUCAAUGACACGGACAUUGAAGAGGGGAAACGUGACUUGAUUCACCGUGAAAUUGGUAAGUUCCGGAAGACGGCCGAGGAAGAGGAGCAAAAGAAGGAGAAGGAAAAGGAACGUGAGAAGGAUCGCGAGAAAGAUCGCGAAAAAGACAGAAAGAAGAGAGAUGACAAGGAUCGGGAGAAACGUCGCUCGGCAACGCCAACUGGACGGAAGGAAAAGAAACGACGUCGCAGUAAGUCACGAUCGCGGGAACGGGAACGAGAGAGAGAGCGUGAACGUGAACGUGAGCGAGAGAGAGAGCGCGAGCGUGAACGAGAACGUGAGCGUGAACGAGAGAGGGAGAGGGAGCGUGAAAGGGAUAGAGAACGCGAUCGUGAACGUGAAGAAAACAAGGUAGUGAAGAAUAUUAAGGAUCUGCAGAAGGAAAAGGAAAUGGAGGAUGAGGCACGUGAACGGAAGAAACUGGAGAAAAAGGCUCGCGAGAAGGAGGCAGCGUAUCAGGAGCGUUUGCGUAAUUGGGAAAUUCGGGAGAGGCGGAAGGCGAAGGAUUAUGAGAAGGAACGUGAGAAGGUGCGCUGUAAAGAGGAGGAGCGCGAACGUGAGGCUAAACGCCUCAAGGAAUUCCUCGAGGACUAUGAUGAUGAAAGGGAUGAUCCCAAGUACUACAAAGGACGUGAACUGCAGCGUCGUUUGGCUGAGCGUGUUCGAGAGGCAGAUAAUGAUGCCAAGGACAGAAAUAAAGAGCAGGAAGAAUUGGAGGAGCUACGCAACAAGGUCUUCACCGGAGAGUACGACAAUCCGACACAAGAAUUCGAGAGGUUAAAGAAGGAACGUGAGGAAAUGUACAAGCCCAAGAUCCUCAUUGACGUGAAUCUGGAACAGUCACAGCAGCGUGAACGUGAGUUGGAACGUGAACGUGAACGUGAAAUUGAGAGGCAGCUGGCCAAGGAGAGGGAAAAACUUCAGAAGGAACGGUACGUGAUGGCGCAGGCGUCCAGGGAACUUGCAUCUAUUAAUGCUGAGCCCAUUGAUUCCGACUCGAGUGAGGAUGUCCAAUCGCCGUCACGCUCCAAUCAUCGUCGUUCCAAAUCCAGAGAUUCCAAUGCCAAUAGUCUCAAUCAUCAGAAUGAUGAGGAUUCUCGGGCGUCGGCACGUGGAUCGAGUCCCCCGGCGAAUCAUCAUCAUCAUCAUCACCACCACCAUCACCAUCAUCACAAUUCUCAGUCGUCUGAGCGAUUGUCGGGAACUCCGCCUGUGCUGAACACAUCGAUGAUCUCUCUCAAUUUGGGCGAGGCUACGGCCAAGCGAAAGAAGCUUGAGAUGAAGGAUGUGUUUAGUAUGGAUGAUGAUGCUGAGGAGACUAAUGGUCCCAAGAAGAGGAAACUGGUGCCGCUGGAUUAUGAGGAUAGCACAAAGUCCAAUGCCACUGUGGUGGUGCCUCCGAGUCAAGCGGCCGUGGCUGCAGCAGCUGCGGCUGCUAUUCAGGCCAGCAAGAAUUCGACGUCGUCGAGGAAGAAGGAGGAAUCGUCCACGAAGAAGAGUGGCGAGGAGGCGGCUAGGAGUCAAGAGGAGAGGAGGAAGCACAUUAAGAGCAUUAUUGAUCGGAUUCCGACUGAGAAGGAGGAUCUUUUCAAUUACAAACUCGACUGGAAUGAGACGGACAACACGCUAAUGGAGAAGAAGAUACGACCGUGGAUCAAUAAGAAAAUUAUUGAGUAUAUUGGAGAACCAGAACCCACUCUUGUGGACUUUAUUUGUUCAAAAGUCCUAGCUGGGAGCACACCACAAGGGAUACUCGAUGAUGUCCAGAUGGUUCUCGAUGAGGAAGCUGAGGUGUUUGUGGUUAAAAUGUGGCGUCUUCUUAUCUAUGAAGUGGAAGCCAAAAAAGUUGGACUGGAUAAAUGAGUGAGUGAGAGAGCUUCGAAAGGAUAAAUGCAUCGAAUGAGAAAGAUAGAACACACUGCGUUGAAUCCCUCAAAAAUAUUUGAAAACAAACAGAAAAAAUAACUGAAUGAAUGAUUAUAUGCAAAUUCCUCAUUGUGGAAGCUUAGUUGUAUCUCCAACAAUCUACAAUUUUCUUAAAGCCUUUUUUCUCUAUUUUAUAAAAAAAAAACUGAUGAAAGGAAAAAAAAAACAGUGACUCUGUUGAGAUUAGGAAAAUGAAUUUUAGUAAUUUAUAGAUGGAAUCCAUACAUGAUUGAGGAAAAUUCUCGGAAUAAUAACUACAAUAACAUUGAUUACUUAGAAGCUGAGAUGAUUAAACAAGGAUAUAAAUGGAUAAGAAUAAUUAUACAUUGACUAUA